CACUUUUGGGGCGACUUCAAUUGGACACACUCGCGUUCGCGUCGCGGAAGAAAUAAAAAAGGAAGCACUGCAACUGCACUGACUAUUUUUAAAGUACGACCGCGAUUAGACAAGCCUUAAGAACAGGUGUCAAUAGACAGUCCGAUUGGUCAUAAAUAAGCGAGAGUGAUUAAGAGAAAAGCGAAUAAAGCUGUGCCAAAUUCUUUUGCAUUCGCUUUGCCCACCGCUUUCAUCGCGAGUUUUUCACUGUGUUAGUGAGCGAAGAGAAGAGAAGCGUGUGCAAAUAACUUUUGCCGCGUUGUCUGCUGCGAAUUUCCAAGCCAAAGAGUAGAGAGAACAGAGAGUAGAGAGGAUCGGAUUCGGAUGUCGCUGAAGCACCAGAACAAAUUGUACCAACCGCUCCCAACGGCGGCCGCCAUGGACAACCCGGCGAUGAUCCAGAGCGGGAGCAGCGGGAGUGGCUCCUCUGAGGAGGGCGGCAGUCGGGAGGAUGUGGCAAAUCUAUCGCCCGACGGACUUCCUGUGACCUACUCGUCACAACAGUUGAUGCCCUCGGAUUCGGACAGCAUGGAGGAGGAGCGUCACCGCCUGCGAACCCACCACCACCACCACCAUCAACUGGCCGAGAUCCACCCGCCCUCCGCCGCCGUUCCCUCCCGUCUCUCCUCCGUGGCAAGGUCACAUUGGUUCACCGUCACCGUGCUCUGCUUCGUGAACCUGAUCAACUACAUGGACCGCUUCACGAUUGCAGGUGUUCUAACGGACGUUCGUGGGGAUUUUGACAUCGGAAAUGACAGUGCCGGACUUCUGCAGACUGUGUUCGUGAUCUCGUACAUGGUGUGUGCCCCUAUCUUUGGUUAUCUGGGUGAUCGCUACUCCCGCCCCAGGAUCAUGGCGGUGGGCGUGGCCCUGUGGAGCACCACCACCCUGCUGGGAUCGUUCAUGGAGAGCUUCGGAUGGUUCAUCAGCUUCCGGGCACUGGUGGGAAUCGGCGAGGCCUCGUACAGCACCAUUGCGCCGACGAUCAUCUCGGACCUCUUCGUUCACGACAUGCGCUCCAAGAUGCUGGCGCUGUUCUACUUUGCCAUACCCGUGGGAUCCGGUCUGGGCUACAUUGUGGGAUCCAAGACCGCUCACCUGGCCAACAACUGGCGCUGGGCCCUGAGGGUCACACCCAUUCUGGGCAUCGUGGCCGUCCUGCUGAUCGUGCUCAUCAAGGAUCCGGAGCGGGGCCACAGCGAGGGAUCGCACAAUCUGGAGGCCACCACCUACAAGCAGGACAUCAAGGCCCUGGUCAAGAACCGCUCAUUCAUGCUCUCCACGGCGGGAUUCACGUGCGUGGCCUUCGUAGCCGGAGCUCUGUCCUGGUGGGGACCUUCCUUCAUCUAUCUAGGCAUGAAGUUGCAGCCCGGCAAUGAGAACAUCGUCCAGGACGACAUCUCGUACAAGUUUGGUCUGGUGGCCAUGCUGGCCGGACUCAUCGGAGUGCCGAUGGGUUCCCUUCUGGCCCAGAGAUUGAGAGGCCGCUACGAGAACUGCGAUCCGUACAUCUGUGCGGUGGGACUCUUCAUCUCGGCACCGAUGGUGUUUGCUGCCUUGGUGCUUCCGCAGACGAGCGAGAGUCUGUGCUUUAUCUUCGUUUUUGUGGCCCAGGUGGCACUUAACCUGUGCUGGUCGAUUGUGGCUGACAUCCUACUGUAUGUGGUGGUUCCCACACGUCGCUCUACAGCCGAAGCCUUCCAAAUCCUCAUCUCACAUGCAUUGGGAGAUGCCGGAAGUCCCUAUUUGGUGGGAGCGAUAUCCGAAUCCAUUAUGAAGCACCUGAAAAAGAACCCCAGCGAUUCUGGCCUGAGCACUGAAUUGCAGAGCAUGUCCCAAGUGGCUGAGACCGCCAUCACUAAUGUCACCCAGGCCAUCGUUGAGACCACCACCAACAUGAUCGAAACAGUGCGCUCGUCAGGCUCGAGCUCUACGGAAUAUUCGGAUGUGGAGCAGUUUGAGGGACUACAGUACGCACUGUUCUCCACCACAUUUGUGGAGGUGGUGGGCGGCAUCUUCUUUAUGAUUACGGCCUGCUUCAUCAUCAAGGACAAGUACAAUGCCACGCGAGGACUACAAGGCGACCAGGGUCCGCGAGCGGUGCGAUUGUCAGUUGGCACGGCCAGCGGGCAAAAGGACGUUGAGUCCUUCAACUCGGACUGCCUGGUACUGUGCACUGACAUCGCCCUGCGCGAACGCACGUGAUAGCACGAAUUUGAAAUCUUAAGGUGUGCCUAGGCACCGAAUGAUUACUUUUUGGCCCCAGUUCCCGAGGUCUCGGCUCAACAACAGCAGCGGGACCAGCAGCGGGGCCAAAUUGCCUAAUACCAGCCGAUCCUAGAGGUUAUGCUGCGCACUCAGAGCUCCGAUGGCAUGCCGAGUGAACUAAUACUGACUGAAAACCAUCUUUAAUUUAAUAUAUCCUCACUCGCACCACGCACAUCCCGCAUCGGAUCGUACUGGAAGUUUACGGGGACUUUGCGGCUGACAAGUCCCCAGUGUUCAAGUUCCUAAUGGGAAAGGAAGGACUCUGGAGGAGGAAGGGGGAGGGAAGCAGGAAGGACCACCAUGCCAACGUUCAAGCACACCAUACACUGAUUUGUAGAUAUAUAUACAAACACUCACUCUCACAGGCACUCACCAAGUCAUAACAUUACACAGAUCAUUUUACUUGUAAACGGUGGAGGGCUAGAUAAUAGCCCUGCUCUAAAAUCGUAGUCGUAGAUAGGUCUAGCUCUGGUAUUUUAGGCUAACUUUUAAUCAUACAAAGAUUCAAGCUGGAUUCGCAUUCGAAACAAUGCUUCCUCAGAUCGGAUAAUGUAAAUAGAUUAUCUCAGGCAUCGAAAGCGGAAUGCCUGCAGUUUGGAUAUUAAUAAAAUGUAUGUACUUUACGUAUGAAUUGUAAAUAUAGAUAAGCAUCGGGCCAUUAUAUAAGUGCAUAGUCUAUUUAAUCAGUUUAAUCGUAACAUCUUAGUUUUACUCUAUAUAUAACUUUAGUUCUAGCUUUAGAUAGUUGAGUAACAAAUUGGAAGAAAAGUGUUUGCACCCUCAACAAUAACUGAAUAUUACAGCAUAACUAUUUUAAAUGACAAAUGGCAUUAAUCAAUUCUCGAGAGUGUGUUACUGUUUAAUCCUAAUUGAAUGCUAGCCUAAUCGGAAUGCGAAUGCACAGCGACAUAUAAAGACUGCAAGCAAUCAAAAAUUGAUAGAUUGAUAUUUGGCUGAAAGUAAACCAAACUAAUUAACAAUGUUAGCAGCUAAGGAUUUCCGGGGCAAUAAAUAUACACUACUGAAAAAUAUGAACAA